AUGAUUUACCAAAGGCCUCCUUCAGAGUCCUGGCACAAGACGCGCCAAGACAAAAAGGCCCCCAGCGAGGCUGAGGACUCGAGGUGUGCGAUUCCGAGGAAAGCGCCAGAGUGGCCGGCAUGGGUGCGCUGCGUGUUUUUGCAGAGGGGGGAAAAGAGGAACAAGGAGACUGCUGAUCGACAGAACAAUGUGUGCUCAGCCGAUACCACCUACCAGGUGCCAACCAUCGGCAUAGCAGCGCUUUUACACAGCCGCGAGGCCAGCGCGCCAAAGUUGAACAGCGAUGUCAAUGUUGGAAGCGAUCAUUCAUAUCUAAAGAAUUGA